AUGGGUUCUUAUUCACCAGAUGAUAUUCCACUUGAAAAGGUGCAAGCCAUUGGUAAUUAUAUGAGGCAACCGAAUAACAAACCAUACUCCAACACCUAUACUCCAGCAUACAAGAAUCAUCCAAAUCUUUCAACAGUAGAGAACCCCAAAGACCAAUGUCAAGCUGUCACUUUGAGGAACGACACUGAGUAUGAUGGGCCUACAGUGGAAGACAAGGGAAAGAAGAUAGAGGGUCAACAUGUCACUAGUCCAGCACAAGAGGAGGUUACUGAAGACCUUCCAAAGAAAAAGAAGUCGAUAUACACCGAGCCUGCAAUGAAGAUUCCUUAUCCUCAGUGGUUCCACAAGGCCAAUCUUAACAAACAAUUCUCCAAAUUUCUCGAGGUAUUUAAGAAACUCACAUUAACAUUCCCUUUGCUGAGAAAAAUGGAGGAUUAUGAAACCGUGGCUUUGACAGAAGAGUGUAUUGCAAUUAUUCAAAAGAAGCUUCUUCAAAAGUUAAGAGAUCCGGGUAGUUUCACUAUACCUUGCACCAUUGGGAAUUUUCAUUGUGAAAGGGCUUUGUGUGAUUUGGGUGCAAGCAUUAAUCUAAUGUCGUUGUCUGUAUUUAGAGUAACACAUCCCCGAUGUAUUAUUGAAGAUGUUCUUGUUAAAGUGGAUAAAUUUAUCUUUCCCGUAGAUUUUAUUGUGCAUGAUAUGGAGGAAGAUGAAGAUGUUCCAAUUAUUUUAGGGAGACCAUUUUUAGCCAACGGUUAA